UUGAGCCGCCAAUCAAAGUUCUUGUGGGCGCCGCUUCAGAUACUCUGUUAACGAUGCACAUAGUGUUGAUCCACGGAUCACGCCGCAUACCGAAAGAAAACGGGAGCAGAACCAGUUAGCAGGACGGAACGGCCGAGCGCGCACGUUUCACUUGCCUGGCCUUCUCUGUGAUAUGUUUUCUUCCAUCACUUAAACCGUUUUUUUCCCCUGUCAUCACUGCGCUUCUUUGGAUGCUCUUUGCGUGAACGUCGGAUUCUGUGCAGGGAUAUUUGUGCUUUCUUUUGCACUAGGAUUAUUGUGUCCUUUGGCACGCUGUGAACGUUUCUGAAGUACUCUUUCUUCUCCGUGGGCUUUCGCACGAGGGUCACUUGAGGGGAAAGGCACGAGAAUCCCAUCUUGCCUGUACCGCUGUUAAGACAUUUGGAAGAUUUGUUCAUCCCUACAGCACAGAGUAAAGAAACAGAAAAGCACGUGCGGUCUAUGCUUUUUUUUCUCUUAAAACAAACAAAUAAGAACAACCGAAUUGCAUUACGAGGGCGACACGGGAAACAGUAACUGACACUCGAAAAAUGAGCUGCGCAAUCUUGCAAAGCACGUUUGCCGGUUUACUGCUGGCCUUGCUGUCGAAAGGGACCGGCAGCAUCCAUGCAGCAGAGUUCGGCCACCUGCCUGACAACAUUACCGUUCUGGAAGGAGAGAGUGUCAUUUUGAGGUGUAAGAUCGACGAGGAGGUGACCCACAAGGCCUGGCUCAACCGCUCCAACAUCCUCUUCACUGGCACGGACAAGUGGUCGCUGGAUUCGCGGGUGUCCCUGGUCAACAGCAACGACAGCGACUUCUCCAUCCAAAUCGAACGUGUGGCCGUGGCAGACGAGGGGCCGUACACGUGCAGUUUCCAGGCGCGCAACCAGCCGCGCACUGCACACGUUUACCUCAUCGUCCAGGUGCCGGCCAGGAUAGUCAACAUCUCUCAGGACAAGUCGGUUAAUGAGGGCGACGACGUUAACUUGUUCUGCCUGGCCGUCGGGCGUCCCGAACCCACCAUCACCUGGAAGGACUUCAAAUAUGGCCGCAUGUACGAGGGCGAAUUCCUGGACAUCACGGAAAUCAAGCGGCAUCAGGCCGAGGAAUUUGAGUGCAUCACCAACAACGGUGUGGCUCCACCAGAUACACGCCGUGUCAAGGUCACAGUUAACUAUCCGCCCGUAAUCACAGACGUGAAGAACAUGCCGGCUCAGCUGGGGAAGACGGCCAUCUUGCGCUGCGAAGCCAUGGCGGUGCCCACUGCAGCCUUCGAGUGGUUCCGUGACGACCGCAGGCCUGUGGAGAGCGACAACACCCUGAAGAUUAAAAACGAGAAGACACGCUCCCUGCUUCUCUUCACCAAUGUCACGGAAAAGCACUUCGGCAACUACACCUGCUUCGCCUCUAACCGCCUAGGGGCCUCCAACGCCAGCAUGCUGCUCUUCAGACCUGGGGCGGUGUAUGGCAGAGGGGCCUCGCUCAGCGCCUGCCUGUCGGGACUCGGCUUCUGGCUCGGCUUGUCCGUCUCCUUCCUCGUGAAGGUCUAAAACUCCACCGCCCCGGAAAGGAGUCUUUAAUUACGAACCCAUCACUGUGAGCAAAGCGAAUUAUGCAUUAACCCAGGAGCCAUCGCUACAUCACAUAAUCACGCCCCGUCCCCCGUCUGGUCUCCGCUCCUUAGCCCUCAUCCGCCCUCAUCACGCCACUCCUCGUCCUCCCCAGCCACCGCCUCUCCCCCCCUUCUCGUCCAGAGGAGGUUCUCCUCUUUUGCAACGUACCUAGCUGUCAGGUGAUGACAAAACGGCAUCGAUGCUACGAACGCAGACACACGCGAGGCUGCGGUGUGUGGUGGCUGGAAACGCGUCCUCCUCCUUCCUGUGUCCCGUGUCCGUGCGCGCAGGGCAUGCUGUUUGAUAUGGUCUCGUGUUUGUGAACGCUGUAAAACGUUAUGGUGUGUUGUAAGGAGGGUGAUGAUGACAACGGCGACGAAGAUCCGGUAACUCUCUAAUAAGCUGUCUGAGGCUGUUCACCAGCAGGCCAGCUGGCCUCCACCUCUCUACUUCCAGCCCAGCGAUCGGAGCGUGCAGCGGUGCGUUCUGGCACGGCUGCCAUGAAUGAUGUCAAAAACUCACCCUUCUUUCCUGUGCUAAGAAUCAGCUGUGUGUGGGGAGGAGGUGCCAACGUCUUCUCCCCUCCUUUUGCAUUCGCUGGAGGUCAUGACCCCGGGCAAAGCAUGUGACCCAAGUCCAGCCUUCCAGUCCUACUGUCUCCUUCCAGAUGCAUUACCAAGGUCGACACCCUUUCACCUCCAGUGUAAAUAUAUAUGCAGUAGAGACCAUCCCGUACUUCCAGCGUCUGGCACACACACACAAAAAAAAGAGAAAUGGAACACCCCUCCCCCUAAAAAAAAAAAAAAGACAUUACCCAUCUGCCUCUCUGUUUCAGUCUUUUUGGCUUGGAGGUAAUGUUUCUGGUGUCUCCUGCCCUGAAGCAGUUGCUCACUCUUCCUUGUCGCUUGUUGAUAGCAUGUACUGGUUAGAGAUGUUCCUGUUGUGAUCUUCAUCCAAGUUCAACCUCUCCUUCCUCCUCUCUAGCCCCUGCACUGUGUACAUUUAAUCUGCAAAACGUACUGCUAACUACUCUUUUGGUGUUAAUAAUGAUGAAGACAAUGAUGACAAUGUUAAUAAGUAUUCAAAUAGAUAUGAUGAUGAUAAAUACAUGUGAGAAAAAAAAACAAAACAGAGCCAUGUGUGCGAAAAUAUUUUGUACUUUGCUCUGGUAAAACACAUUCAUUGAACAAAAAGUUGAGUUUUUAAAAGUGUUGUGCUCUAUUUUGCCAUGACAAGCUUUUUAAAAACGGAAGUGAAUUGACAGAGUUAACUCACUCACAAAGGAAGAAGCAAUCGAUGAAAUGUAACAUAAUUUUUUUAAGGCUCUGUACUGUAUUGGGUGUACCGAUAUUUCAUCCAGUCAUUAUGAUGUUACCUUCGUAAACCUGUCUUGACGACAUGACCAAAAACUCCCACGCCAUUAGAAAUCGUGAGCACCCCCUUACACCUGAUCCCCCCUCCAAAUUCCCACCUGUUUUGAGAGGGCACUAGAUUAGUGGGAAAUAGAGACGUAAUUAGCUAACCGAGCGCUUCUCGCUUAGCAAAGGGACUGGCACUUUCUCUGUAUCCCUCCAUCUGGUGAGGGACAGGGCUCAUAAAUCAAGCUCAAUCCAGACACUGACAGCAUCCUUCUUCAAGGACAGCGGUGUCUCGGCGUGCCCAAUCUCAGACCCCAUGCGGACUAAUUAGCCGCCGCUUAACAGCGCAUGGCGGAGAUGCUGCAGCCAUGCACGGCGCGGCGCAUCACUCGAAGCGUCAGCUGCUGCGCACGCACAUGCCUGUGAGCAAACUCUCACACUGCCCCUGCACGAAAGCAUGCGGGAUAACCCAACCGUUCAGUCGCACCCCUUAGUGCUGUAAAUAGCAUGAUACAACGCUGUCGCUGCCCAGUGUGUGUUGACUAAUUUUAUUUAAAACAGCAAUAACCCCAAACUAAAACAUGUUAGAAGUAUUGCAAAAUUGCAAAAACAUGCAAUUGGAAUAAUCUGUUAAGUGUACUGAACGGAAUGCUAUUAGUCUUCACUAAUCCAGAAAGUGCUGUGAGUUUAAAUGCCGUGAUGUGCAUGUGAUGUGUGUGUUUUAUCUUAAAGAGAUAAGAUAAAGAUAGGAUAAAGGCCCGAGAUCUUGAUGCGCUCUGUCACAAACCUGCACCUGAGAUCUGACUGUACUGUUCAGUCUUGGACGAUAUCCAGGCCUGUAUGUGUAUAUGUACCUGUGCAACUUUGAGUUCUCUCUAUCUCUCUAUUUCUCUCUCUCUCUCUCUCUCUCUCUCUCUCUGUACUUGUGUGUGUCCCCAUCAAUCUAUUUAUCUGUCUAUCUUAUCUUUCUGUCUUUGAUGUACAAAUCUGAAUUAUUGUAUAGCCACAAAAAACACACACCCACACUUGCAUGUACCCCAACUUUAAGACUGUGUCCAGAAAACCUUGUAUGGGUUCGAUAUUUGAAGCACAAAAACAGACCCCCACGGUCACCAGUGCUAGUGUCCUGUAUCACAUUGUCUCUCUGUCCACAUUCUCCUUCAUCAUCAUACCAUUCAUAUAAAGCUCAUGCCAGA